CCACACCGACUUCGCUCCCGCCGCCCCGCCGGCCGCACUUCCCGCCCUCGCCGCGGCGCUGCGCCCGCACUCGGCCCGCACUCCGCUGCCUCCGGCGCGCGUUCCUCGCGCGGCCCCGUCGCCCUCGCCUCCCUCGCCGCCGCCGCGCCCCGGACUCGGUAGGCUCCGCGCCCCGCCGUCGUCUGCGCCUCUUGGCUCCUGAGAGCCCGCGCUCCCGCCUGACGCGGAGGCGCCGCCGUCCCCGCCGCCACGGCCAACACGGGUGCCACGCGCCGCCGCCGCCGCCGCCGCCGCGCCGCCACUCGCCCGCCGCCCGCCAUGGCCCCGCAGCAAACAGGUAGCAGGAAGCGGAAAGCGCCAGCGGCCGAGGCGGGCGCCGCGAGCUCGUCGUCGCAGGGCUCGGCGGCGGCGGACGGAGAGGGACCGCUGCUGCUCAAGAGGCAGAAGCGGCCGGCGGCGCGGCGCUCGCUGGUGCGCUACCUGAAGGGCCGCGAGGUGGGCGCGCGGGGCCGCGCCGGGCUCCCGGGCUUCGAGGGCGAGCUGCGCGGCUACGCGGUGCGGAAGCUGCCCGAGCUGCUGCGGGAGCGCGAGCUGGCCCUGGGCACCCUCAACAAGGUGUUCGCGUCGCAGUGGCUGAACGCCAGGCAGGUGGUGUGCGGCACCAAGUGCAACACGCUCUUCGUGGUGGACGUGCAGUCGGGCCAGAUCACGCGCAUCCCCCUGAUGCGCGACCGGGGGCCCGGGCUGGCCCGGGCCCAGCCGAGCUGCGGCAUCCACGCCAUCGAGCUGAAUCCCUCCAAGACGCUUCUGGCCACCGGGGGCGAGAACCCCAACAGCCUGGCUGUCUACCAGCUGCCCACCCUGGACCCCGUGUGCCUGGGCGACCGCCAUGGCCACAAGGACUGGAUCUUCGCCAUCGCCUGGAUAAGCGAUACCGUGGUCGUGAGCGGCUCCCGCGACGGCACCGUGGCGCUGUGGCGGAUGGACCCGGACGUGUUCAACGGCAGCAUCGCCUGGCACAACGACGCAGGGCUCCCCCUGUAUGCCCACAUCCGUCCGAGGGACUUGGAGACCAUCCCCAGGGCCAGCACCAACCCCAGUAACCGCAAGGUACGGGCCCUGGCCUUUAAUCGCAAAAACCAGGAGCUGGGAGCGGUGUCCCUGGACGGCUACUUCCACCUGUGGAAAGCCCACAGCACCCUGUCCAGGAUGCUGUCCAUCAGGCUGCCCUACUGCCGAGAGAACGUGUGCCUAACCUACUGUGACGAGUUGUCCCUGUACGCGGUGGGCUCCCAGUCCCACGUCUCCUUCCUGGAUCUGCGCCAUGGUCACCAAAACAUCCGGCCCCUGUGCUCCCGAGAGGGCGGCACGGGCGUGCGCUCGCUGAGCUUCUACCAGCACAUCGUCACCGUGGGCACGGGCCACGGCUCCCUGCUCUUCUAUGACGUCCGCGCUCAGAAGUUCCUGGAAGAGAAGGCCUCGGCCAGCCCGGACUCCUCUCCUGGGCCCGCAGCGAGGAAGCUCAAGCUCACCUGUGGCAGAGGCUGGCUCAACCACGACGACCUGUGGGUGAACUACUUUGGCGGCAUGGGCGAGUUCCCCAACGCGCUCUACACUCACUGCUACAACUGGCCUGAGAUGAAGCUCUUCGUGGCUGGGGGCCCUCUCCCUUCAGGCCUCCAUGGGAACUACGCAGGCCUGUGGAGCUAAGGAUGGCCGCCCUGUUCUCCAAGUGCCCAGAUUUACCUUCCAGUGCCCUCCCACUUUCCUUCUUCACGCUUGUGUUUGUGCUUUUAACUCAGUGUGGCUUUUGUCUUGUAGGUAGAUCGUGCCCAAUUUAACCUGUGCCUAGUGUAUUGGGCAGAGAGUGAGGUGGGGGGUGUCCUUUAGGCAAUUAAAACUAGGCUUUAAUACUGUUCUACAGCUCUGCAACACCAUCUUUUUGAAUUCUCAUCCAAAGAUUUUUGGCUAAAUGUUAGUUGUGUUCUCUCUUUAAGUUAUUUACAUAUUCUGUCUCUCUAAUACCAUGCAGCCAUGGUUUUACAGUUGUGUAUAUAUUUUUUUGUUGCUAGUAUUACAAUAAUAUUGUUAUAGGUAUUUUUCAUUGCAGAUAGAUGGUAUGUUAAGAAUAUGUUUUAAACAAACAGUGUUUGUACAUCUGUUCUGGAAAGCUGGCCAUAGUUUUAGAGCAUUGUUCCGAUUGGAAAAUACAUUCCAAGUUCUAGAUU